UUUAGCUAUCAUUUAUGGUAUUGAGUUUUGUCUUGACUAUUUCUGUGUUUAACUCUAAGAGGAUAAACAUUUAAAAAAGAAUUUAUUACUAGUAUGAAGUUUAGUAUGGAUUUGAAAAUUAUUUUCCUGACUGCAAUCUUGGGAACUGUUUGGGCUAAAAGUGCAAACAAUAUUUAUAUCCCGCUUGUUAAAGUUCAGACUGACGGCGGUGAAGUGUCUGAAAGUCAAUAUGUUACGAAAGAAUACAUUGAAGAAGUGUUUGUAAACAUAUCAAACCGUCUCGACUGUAAAUGCAAUUCAGACGGGUCUAAUCAUGCCACAAAAACAGACAUAGCGGAACUGAAGAGAGAAUUGAUUGCUAUAAUUUCUGCUGUGAUUAAGGAAGAAAAAACAUAUGCAACAGACUGUGAAGAUAUCCAAAACGACGGUAACCGAACUACAGGCAUUUACACGAUAUACCCGUUCCAAAAAGCAAAAGAGAACAUUUCUGUUAGAUGCGACAUGGAUACGUCUUCCGGUGGAUGGAUUGUUAUACAGAGACGAGUUUCUGACACUGACUUUUAUAGGACAUGGGACGAGUAUGAAAAUGGUUUUGGAAAUCUCAGCGCGAACUUCUGGCUUGGAAAUCGUUAUUUACAUCUGAUUACCAGUCAAGACAAGUACGAACUGCGUGUAGAUCUUACUAAUUAUGCUGGAGAAACGGCCUAUGCACAUUAUCGUGACUUUAAUAUCGGUGAUGCAGAGUCCAGUUACCAGUUGAGUGUCGGUGGGUAUAGUGGUACUGCCGGCGAUUCUCUUUUAAGGUAUCACAAUGGAAUGAAGUUCUCUACUUAUGACAGAGACAACGACCCCGACUCCCGUAACUGCGCAGUGCUGUAUCAUGGUGCCUGGUGGUACAAAAGAUGUCAUAAUUCCAAUCUAAACGGAGAUUACGGUAGCACUGAAUCAGCCAAAGGUCUCUCCUGGGCGGCAUGGAAAGGAAACCAUGCUCCAAUGAAAAUCACAGAGAUGAAAAUUCGCAGAGCCGGAUAAUUUGAUUGAACAAUGAAAGUAAUUAACACUCGCUUUUGUUGUAUUGGUAUGAGAAAACGAAUAAAAACUAUCUAUCUUGUUAUCAGUAUAUCUUUAGAAUGAAUAUCAAUACUGCUUAAUGCAUUUAUAUCAGGUGUAAAUAAGACACUGUUAAUGUGUUAUUUUAUGUUAGAAUGCCUAACUCAAGUCUAAAAUAGUUUUAUUUGUAAAUUGUGUUCCAAUCACUCAAUCUGGCAAUUAAAAUGAGAUUAAUAUCACAACCGUGUCUUUCUUUUAACAAAUAUAUUCCUGUUAAAACCAGAUGAAUUUAAUCUACAAAAGACCCUUUUGAAAAUUUAUUCCUGUGUCAAGGUGACUGAAAAAAUACGUAUGUAUAAUAGCAGACGAAGCAUGACAUGAAAGGUCUUCUCUGGAAUACGGAGCUACAAUGGAAGAGAGUCGUCUGUGAAAACCAAAACAAUUCUUAUACUCCUAGCUUCUGCUUCUUUAAAACUAUGUAAUGUUAUAUUAUAUAUAUGUUUUAUUUUGCGCGCUAUCGAAAUUAAUAUAUUUAGGUACUUUAUAGUUAGUAAACUGAUAUAAUUUAUUGUCGCCUGUAGAAUAUUUUUAUUGCCCUUUUGCAAUAAAGUUUAUACUGAUUUGUGUUAGAUUAUUCUGCUACCUAGAAUGUUUCAUAUUGUAAAUUGAAAAAUAAAGUGCUAACUUAAAACCUG